AUGAGCUCCAGCUCGAUCAAGGACCAGGUCGGCACUACGAAGAAAGACGAAGUCAAAGAAGAUCUCCUUCAAAUCUGGUCUGGUCCGAGAUCACCGGGAUCGUUAGCUGCACGUGGCGAGAUACGCGGAGGUAAUACUAAUCUGCAGAGGUCAUGGGGUGUCAUCACAGACCAUUACAUGAGUUUCAAGAACUUCCGGUCCAUAAUGAAUGGAGUAUAUACUUCCAACUAUCCAAUUGAUCUCCUAGGCUAUCUAGAUGGCGUUGGUGAAAUAGAAGUUGUGACAGACCACACCUUUACACUAGGUGAUAACAUGCAAACUUCAAGAGUAACAUUCACGAUCAAGGAUCUUGAAGGUCGCACACUGGAAUGUGAAGCCAGGGGAGUUUUGGCUAUCCAACUUUACAAUAAAUGGUGGAGGCAUGGUGGAACCGAAACAUUCAUCACAAUGAGUGAUUGGAUGGUUUACACGGACAGAGGAACCAAUGAGAUGAAGAUUAAGGAUGCUGGAGGAAUCUCUAGAUUUGAGUUCAAUGCCCUUUACCAGGAUGUUUAUGAGUUCAGGGCAGCAUAUUUUAAUGAGAGCGACCCUACAAGGAUAGAGAGUGAUGGUUCAAGUGUUGAGCUGGAUUGGUCUCCCUGA